AUGCUCGUAUCAACCAAUGGAUUUUUAUCAACAAGCCGUUCUAGAGAUGUAGCUGAGGUAUUUUCUGGAAAACCAACAGAGAACCAACGAAGUGUUUUGUUUGAAAUUGAAUGUAAUGUAGAUGAGUUGAAAGAUGCCAUAGUUUUCGCCGAUAUCGCACGAUUUAGUGAAUAUCCUGAUGAAAAAGAAGUUUUAUUUAAUUCGGGAGCUACAUUUGAAAUCGUAUGUAUCAGCGAAGAUGAACUGGGAUGUUGGUUAGUACAUCUAAAAACAACACGUGCCGGUGAAAAUAUUUCACAAGAAUACAUUGAAUCAAACAGAAGAGAAAUGAAUGGAGGAAGUGGUGCCAGUGCAUUUGUAGAUCUGCUUGCUGAUAUGGGUGACUAUACAAAAGCACUACACUUUUGCGAACGACUAUUGAAUAGCCAUAGUGGUGAAGACGAAGCAUGGAUUUUCAAUGGUAUUGGUAGUAUUUAUUCUAGCAGACGAGAUUUCGAUAAAGCUUUUAAAAAUCUAAUGCAUGCUUAUGAAUUAAUGAUUCAUGCUGAGCCACAACGUGUGGAAGAUUUAACAGUUGUGCUGAAUAAUUUAGGAAAUCUUUUUACAUGGAGAGGUGAAUAUGACAAGGCUAUUGUACAUGUUUUAGAAGCAUUAAUGAAUCGAAGAAGAUUGUUUGGAGAUGAAUUAUUCAGCAUAGAUGCAGAUAUCAUGUGA